GAGGCGGAUAACAACGGCUUUGACAGUUACUACACAAGAGUCAGAGCUUGCCAAUCCGGGAACUCCAAUACAUCGAUGGGUUCUGCCUGGUACGCCAAAGGGAUACGAGGUGUCAAUCAAACGUGACGACAUGACAGGCUGCACGCUCUCUGGGAAUAAGGUACGAAAACUUGAAUUUCUAAUGGCCGAGGCUUUAACCCGAAAAUGUAGUCACGUGAUCACGUGCGGAGAUGUUCAUUCGAAUCAUUGUCGCGCGACAGCCGUGGCGGCCCGUCAACUAGGACUCAAACCUCAUUUACUACUAAGGACAGAUUUACAGGAAGCACGUGCUUUUAGCUGUGAGGGGAACGCUUUGCUGACCAGACUUUGUGGGCCAGAUAUUUACCUUGUACCCCAACCUGCUCCGUACAAAACACAUUUAAGACCACGCAUGGAGGAGCUCGCCACCUCAAUUAAGGAGAAGACUGGCGAAGACUCGUGUCUGAUUCCUGUGGGAGGAGGUGCAGGUUCCCCGGGUAUAUUUGGGAUUAUAUCAGUUUUCGAAGAAAUGAUUUCUCAGGGUUUACUGGAUGAUUACGAUGACUUGGUGUUUGCCUGUGCAUCUGGGUGUACCGCAGCUGGUACCGGUAUAAGUAACUACCUCACAGGGUCUCACAUCAGGUGCCAUGCUGUCAUCGUUUGUAACUACACAAAAACCCAUUUCCUGGACCAAGUUGACCAAACCCUGUACGACAUAGGUCUGUCUGACAAUGUCAAGGCCGUCAACAUUGUAGACAUAAUAGAGGGUCACCAAGGCAAAGGGUACAGCGAGUCAACACAGGAGGAACACGAUUUUGUGGCGUCCGUGGCCGAGUCUACUGGGAUAAUGUUAGAUCUGAUAUACACUGGGAAGGCGACGUUAGGAAUGCUCUGGGAACUCAACAAUAACCCCGGCAGAUUCAAGGGCAACAGGAUCCUGUUUUUACACACAGGUGGCAUGUUUGGGAUGUACGAUGGUCGGCUGGACACGACAAUCAUAGACAGAGGACACAACGACAAUAAGAUACACAUGUGGUCAAGUACGGACAGUCUACCUGAGCAGAAUGGCCAUACAGCUUAAUGUAUAUUUAUUUGAAAUAAUCCAGACACUGUCGCUAAAGAUGGCUUUUGGUUUGAUGGUGCGAGACUUUUAAAAAUAGACAAUUCAGUCAUGAAUCUCAGGACAGGCUAAUCAUUCAGUAAACGGAAACAGUUAUAUUACUAUUCGGAACUCGUGAAUUAUUGAUGUAAACCUAUUUCUCUAUUACCUUUAAUGUCAAUACUACUAAAAAGGCAUAUACGUUACAGUUUUUCUAAAAUUCUAAAUUGUGUCAUUACCACAUCAAGGUGUUGUUUCAUAAAAAUAUUUAAUUUCUUGGAUAAAGUAAUUAACAAUGCAUUUUUAUAUACUUUAGAGUGUAUUUUAUGUAUAUUACAUAAACUCAUAUAUUAACUGAUGUUAAAUAAAUGUAAUCCCCUAAGCUGCCAUGCUGUACACCAUUCCUGGUUAACUGAUCACAACAUGAGGCCGUUGCAGGCAGUUUACCGAAAUCAUUAAACAUAUCGUGUACGCAAGGGAUCCAUACUAAGUCCAUCGUCGUUUCAAAUUGCUAAUAUUGUUUAACAUUGCGUUUGUAAUCCCGAACUGGCAUUAUGCGUAUUUCAUAUUUUAUUUAUUAUUGUUUUCGUUAGAAUUUCUAUAGGAUUAUCUAAUGUUAAUGAAAUUGUAAUGACAGAGUUAUUCGUGAUAUGGGAAAAGCAAAACGCAACAAUUAUUUGUACAAGAAACAUCUGAAUGUAGAAAGAAAAGAGUAUGUAUCGUUAAAUAAGACAUGGUUUAUAUAAUUAUCUAAUGUUACGAAUACGAGACAGCGUGUGUACGAGAAAGGUUUGACGACGUUUUCAUUAAUAUUUACAAGUAAUCUUUCUAAAUUAUCGUAUUUUAAUAUACAUGUAUUGAAAAACAAUUUGGUUUAAGUGUACUGCAAACUUGAUGAACAAUGACAAAUCAAGUAGUCGAAAGUAUAUGGGGAAUUCUCCAUGAAAUACAAUAGUAUACAUAGGUUGUUGAAAGAGUGUGCUUUUUGUCCUUUUUUCGACGGAUUUCCAAUGUUCAUGUGUUUACAUUUUGAAGUUCACUUCUAGAAGCUUUUUUAGUCCACUUAUUUAUCAAAGUAUCUUGUACAAUUGUCCAUUUCCCUUCCUAAAUUAUCACCUGCUAAUAGGAAUGUUUGGUCUCAGUCUGGUUGUUAAUUCAUUGACCAUUAAUACAACGCGAAUUGGUUCUGAAACAUAUUCUUAUUGGGUCACGUAUAGUACAAUGUUCCUAUCUGAACGCUCUCUGUUUACCGUUGAGCCCCCUUCGUGUUCUCAUCCUGAAGUCAGGAUAUGGGUUUUGACAUAUAGGUUUCUGGUGUUUAUAGUGUGGGUUGGACGAGGGUUAUGAUUAUGUAGGUAUAUCUAGGGGUACAUUUUGCAUUACGCGUGAGUUGUGACUGUUUGUACUUUGUUCUCAUACGUUGUUUACAUAUAAUUAAAUAAAUU